AUGUCGCACGAAGGUGAAGAGGAUUUACUAGAAUACUCCGACAACGAGCAGGAGAUCCAGGUGGAGGCUUCCAAGGCCGCUGAGGCCGGCGCUGACACCAAGGACUCCGGAGAGACUACAGGGGAGGCCGACAAAAAGGGCUCCUACGUGGGCAUUCACUCUACCGGGUUCAAGGACUUUCUGCUAAAGCCAGAGCUUUCGAGAGCCAUUAUCGACUGUGGUUUCGAGCACCCCUCCGAAGUUCAACAACACACAAUUCCUCAAUCUAUUCACGGAACAGACGUGCUUUGCCAGGCCAAAUCUGGUCUCGGUAAGACUGCCGUCUUUGUGCUGUCAACCUUGCAACAACUGGACCCAGUGCCCGGCGAGGUUUCCGUCGUUGUCAUCUGUAACGCAAGAGAACUGGCCUACCAAAUCCGUAACGAGUACCUGAGAUUCUCGAAGUACAUGCCAGAUGUUAAAACUGCUGUUUUCUACGGUGGUACCCCAAUCACAAAGGAUGCUGAACUUCUAAAGAACAAGGAAACUGCCCCUCACAUUGUGGUUGCCACUCCAGGUCGUUUGAAGGCUCUCGUCAGGGACAAGAUUAUUGACCUGUCAUCAGUCAAGAACUUUGUUAUUGACGAGUGUGACAAGGUUUUGGAAGAGCUGGGCAUGCGUAAGGACGUACAGGACAUUUUCAGAGCUACCCCUAGAGACAAGCAGGUUAUGAUGUUUUCCGCUACCCUAUCCCAGGAAAUGAGACCAAUCUGCAGGCGUUUCCUACAGAACCCUCUUGAGAUUUUCGUGGAUGACGAAGCCAAGUUGACCCUGCACGGCCUGCAGCAGUACUACAUCAAACUGGAAGAGCGCGAGAAGAACCGUAAACUUGCACAACUUCUGGACGACCUAGAGUUCAACCAAGUUAUCAUUUUCGUGAAGUCUACAAACAGAGCUAAUGAACUGACGAAACUGUUGAACGCUUCCAACUUCCCUGCUAUCACUGUGCAUGGUGGUAUGAAGCAAGAAGAGCGUAUUGCUCGCUACAAGGCCUUUAAGGAGUUCGAGAAGCGUAUUUGUGUUUCGACUGAUGUUUUUGGUAGAGGUAUUGAUAUCGAGCGUAUCAACUUGGCCAUCAAUUACGACUUGCCAAGCGAGGCUGACCAGUACUUACACCGUGUUGGUAGAGCCGGUAGAUUUGGUACCAAGGGUUUGGCCAUCUCGUUUGUUGCCACCAGCGAAGAUGAAGAGAUUCUAGCUAAAAUCCAAGACAGAUUUGACGUCAAGGUUGCAGAAUUCCCUGAAGAAGGUGUCGACCCAUCGACCUAUCUAAACACUUAA